AUGGACGCCACAGAGCUCUCUCGAUGGACCCGUUUCGCUGCAAAAGGUGGCAUAGGAAAAUGCACGGCUACUCAUGAUUGCGUGGCGGAGAGUCCGGAGGAUCUUAUGUUCCUCAAGGACGAUGCAAUUAUAGUGUUAAUGCAAUUACCUGAAGAUACCCGCGACGGGGAGGGAACUAGCAGUGGAGUAGGAUCAGGCGAAAAUGGGUGGUAUUUGGGCUACUUGAAAACGGCGAGAUCAAUCGUGGCGAACACCAGGUCGCCAUCUCUAGGGUCGUCGCGGUCCCCUACACCUGGGACGAGUGGAGCCGCCAGUAAUGGUACUGCCCGCUCGUCUCCGUCGUCUAUGGGUUCCUCGUCGCGCCAUGGCCACAGCCAUGCUCUUGGUUUAGGAUUUGGGUCAUUCUCGUCUGGCUCGAUAUCUACUCUGCCCAAUUCGGCCGUUGCUUCGACAUCUGUGAUCCACUCUUCCCCGCGGUCGUCGCCUCUCGUAGGGUCUGGGGUCAAGCUACUUCCUAACGAGCUAGAUGAUGUACCGAAGUCUCCCCCGAGCGAACUUCCCAAUCCCUUCGAUUCUCCAACCGUCCCAACUACAGCAGACGCCGCCACCUCCCAUGAAUCUACGACAUCCCCGCAAAGCAAUGACAUCCAAACGGCCGAUUACGCACCCGCACCCACAAACUCCCGUCCAUCGCCCAUGAUAAAUACCGACGACGUAGAUCCCCGACAUCAAGAAGACAGCUCUGAGGCCCAACCGGAGGAUCGAUCAAAAGAACCCCCUGUUGCCGAAGGCCAUGCCAAAGAAGAAGAGGAAGAUGAAGAGUACGAUGCGCCUUCUUCGUCAAGGAUCUCGAGGAUCUCAUUGGCGAUGUCCGAUGGGGAAGUUGGGAUCGGGCUGUCGUUAUUGCAAGACCUUGCUGGUGGAGAGGGCGCUUAUGGUGACGGAGAGUUCAGCUCAGACGACGAAGAACACACUGGCGAGUGGCGGCUGAACCAAACCGAGAUUGGUGGAGAAGGGAUCCAGAGGUCGGCUAGUGUUUCGAGUCGUAGCACUGGACUAGGCUACCACGACGAUGAAGGCGUCGGGGGGAAGAUGGCUGAUGGGCGGGAAAGCGAACGAGAAAGCUACAUGAGUGAGCAGAGUAGGUACAGCGUUGAUACGAUGAGCAAGGAGCUGGACAAUCUCGAGUCAACCAUGGCGAGAUUGCGUCCUAAAAGCUCCAUCGAAGAUAAUUUUGUUAUGCUUACGCCAACGGUCAGCUCCAUGGCCAUAUCACCACGGAUAGCAACCUUGUCCUCCUCUACGCCACCCUCUCCCUCCUCUCUACCUCCUACAUCACCCCAUCUUACCGCCACUCUGCCCCUCAACCUCACUCCUCGGAAGGACACGUUUUCAAUCAACGGCACGGGGUCGAAUGGUAUUAGCAGUGCUACCGCCCCCGUACCUUCGCCUACGUCGCCUACCUCUUCCAUCAGGACCCAUGCGUCCACUUCCACCACCCGUACUACGUCUACUACCCACACGACCCGUACCACGCGGACAGGGUAUUCUGGGACGGGGAGCAUUGGCAGUGGUGGUAGUGACGACUGGGAUGGCGCAGGGGACAUCUACGACGAUUAUAUGUACCGGUAUUCGACGAGGCUCUCGGUCGUUAGUGGGAGGAUACCAGGAGGCAACGGGAGGAGGGGCAGCGGGGGCAGCGGGGCGUCGUUGGCUGUCGGUAGAGAUACCCCGCCAGUACCGCAGAACAGGGGAAGCGCUGACGACGUUGAUGAGCGAUUUGGUGGCAAGAGUUUUGUCAAGGCAAGGCCAGGAGCUCUGGAUAUCCAACUGAGCAAUCGGCUGAGACCCUCGGGCUCCGCUGUCGCCGAUGGUGAAGGAACGAAGCAGUUGAACCCUCUAGACGCGCCCGGAUCGUCCAAGUCAACUGCAUCGCCGUUGCUCCACACGACUUGGGGCGACGCUCUUUCCUCGCCUGAAGAGGGAGUCAAUGGGUUGUCGGCUAUACGAGGGAAUCCCGGGAGUACCGCAGAUUCGUUCUUCGACGGUCGCCCUGGCGCCGCAGGGUUCUUGAGAAGCCCUACUUUAGACGGACCAGCCAGCGCAAUCAGGCAAAGGCUCGAGAUGAAUCUGGGUCCAAAUGGAAACGACGGCAACGUCGCCGGCGCGGGGAAGAACGUGCAGAUCAACCAUACGUCUUCGAGUAUGGGCAGCGCCAGUAGCGCCAUUCAGGAGCAGGACGACGCCUCUACUCAUGGUGGACCGGGAGGCAUUGUGGUUGAAGACGACGAACAGGCUCCGGAUGUCAGCCUGACGACCGCGAAGAUGGGGAUCGGGGAUAAUAGUUUUGUCUCUGCCGACUUUGAGGGAGCUCAAGAAAGUGCUGAACCAAUGGAAGGAGGUCUUCAGGAGGGCUGGAAGGGCAACAACGACGCAAUUGCUUCGCCUGGGCUGCCUUUGGUGAAUCCACACGAUUCUAUAGACAAUGCACUGGAUGGCAUAACGAGGACCACAUCCCCCGUUCCUAUGGAUCCUCCUUCGGCGAGCUCGACCUCUGACACAGUUCUCCUUUCAGCGACUGCCGAGAUAGCCCCUCCUCCUCCAUCCCAGUCCCCAGCGACUCAACUACUAGCUGCACCUGUGUCGCACCUUCGCCCUUCGUUAGCUGAACUAAGGGGCGAGAGAGAUCCCGACUCUGGGAUGAGAACUAGCUUGUUCAUGCCCCAUCCUAACGCUCCGAAGCCGACUGUUUUGUCACAAGGACCCAUGUACAUUCGCCAGCCUGCCUCCAAUGUUUCACUGCCCUUUACCGCGCAGCCAUAUGGUUUCCAAAGGCCGAGCGAAGUAGGCCACCCUUCUGCGACCCUCAAUUCACGCCAUCCACCGACAACAGCUACCCCUCCCCCCCGUCACCCGGGGAGUGGGCUUGGCGGGCUUUCCAGGGCACUACAGAUGGCCAUGUCAUCUAGAGGAAUUUUGGGUAGAGGCCCGACAUUGUUCGCAAGGUGUGAUGUUGAUUUGGCGAGUUCUAUCGGGCCAGUCGCCAUAACCUUCAGCGUUGAGCCGUUUGUGGGGCCCCCUCCUGGACCGGCCAACGUCGCUGGUAGUGGGGGUCCCGAAUUAAUGCCUCCCGUGUCUGCGCCUGGCGGAGGCGUGCCCGGGUCUGUGACGCCAGUCAGGACCUUGUCCGAAGGAUCCGUCGGAGCACAGUCAGCCACCUCCAGCCCUAAACCGUCUGUUGGCAUUCUACCUACGACCAAUGGAAUCGAAGUGCAAGGAAGCGCAGCGGCGUCAGCCGCCGAUACGGCUGGUCCCAUCCGCGCGCCCUCGUUCACGGAGUUUCUCCGAGUUUGGGUCAACAAGUAUCGAAGUACCGAUGCCGAUUGCUUCUCUACGCACGCCGUACGCGCCAUCCCCCUUAUCGAUACCUUCGUCUGGCCUCAGCGCACGAGGCGCCCCAAAAUCCCCCACCAGUCCGCUGUCCCAGUCAUCCACGUCAUUCGCGCCUCCGUCUCCCACCGCUUCGUCGCGUCGACACCAACUAAGACAGCCGGCCCCUCCAGCGCCGCUUCGAGGGCCUCCGUAGAGGUGGAGAAUUCCCGCGGGAUGGUAGCCUCUCCUACGCCGAUGGUGACCCGUCAAUUAUCCCUACGUUCGAAGUUAUCAUUACCGAAUCUCCGGCGGAAGCAGAGUCGACAAGAUGACACCUCCAGCAUCGCCGCAAGCUCGAUCGAUAACGAGUACGAGACCGCACAAGCAGAGGGUAUGGACUUCGAGCUCGUGCGGCCCAGCUUCAGCCAUCUUCACUCUGCAAGAACCAGCGAGGACUCAUCCUUCGUCAAGGAUGGAGGGUCCAUCGAUCUGGGCAAGCCGGAAAUGACUAUUGGCGGACUCCUGCGUACAAAUAGUCCUGCGAUGUCGUUCUCGUCGGGUCAGCGCUCGCCAAGUGUCGCGGAUAUCAAAACGCCCAAGGUGUCUGACAGCGAGUCGAGCUCGAUGGAAGGGCAUAGGCAAAGGGAGCUCAGGUGGAUCGCGCUCAUGUCGUCCGUGCCUGCUUCGCAAGCGAGGAAGAGCAAGAAGGUGAAGAAGCUGCUGAUAGAGGGCGUCCCAUCCUCCGUGAGGUAUCUGGUAUGGAUCCAUCUGACGGACGGGAAGGCGAGGAAUGUACCGAAGGUCUACGAACAGUUGGUGAAAAGGGGGCAUGUACCGAGCUACAAGGAUAUCGAAAGAGACGUACAGACGUAUGUCCGAGAGAACUCGCAACCCGCCGCGAUGAGGGAGUCGAUGGUUUCGUUACUGCAAGCGUACUUGACCAUGGUUCCGGAUGUGCAAUAUAGUCGGGGUCUGACCCUGAUUGCUGGGAAUAUUCUGUUGUUGGCGCCGGAAGAAGACGGGUUUUGGACGUUCGUUUCGCUGAUGGAUUCGUACCUGCGGCCCUAUUUCUCCUCGAGCAGUUCGCAGAUGGAGGUCGACGCUAUGCUGUUCAGCCGGGCACUGGAGGCGAAUGACCCUCAGGUGGCCAAGAAGGUGUUGACGACGAUGUCCAUCAACCCAACCGCAAUCUGCUUCCCAUGGUUUACCUCCCUGUUCGUCAACACCCUCCCUUUAUCGUACGUCCAGCGGGUGUGGGAUCUCUUCCUGUUCGAAGGCAUUUCGUUCCUUGUUCGCGCCGGCCUCGCCCUCAUCAGCACCUGCCGUCGACAGAUCCUGGACGCGACGAGCCCAGAGGCCGUCCUCGACCUCCUCCAACACCCGCCCCCUUCGCUUCUCCUCUCCUCCCCCGACGCCUUCCUCUCCCUCCUGAACUCCUUCAAACUCAAAGACGACGACUUCCGCAAACAGAGGAUCAAAAUGGAGGCGCAGGUCAAGCGCCAAACGCAGGCACCGCGCGCGCCUCCGACUAGCUCGAUAUCGCUCCCAAAAUAA